AUGCCAGCUGGAUUAAUAAUGCUCUGGUCAUCUGGUGACUCGUUUAGUGGAGAUUCCAGGAUAGCGUUGACGCAAUCAUGGACAACCCACCGACCCAUCAGCGUUUUUGAGAGCCAGCACUCUCCCUUCAACCCUUUCCUUCUUAUCCCAGAGAAUUUCUCACCAACAUAUCUCCUCCUGCUGAGGCACCACCCAUUGGAUUUCACUGUUAUGAAAUUGUUUUCGGAAUUCAGAUCUUGUUACCGUCCCCAGAACACUCCGGCAUCGACGGCGCCGCCCUCCGACACCGACGGCCACCGCGAUCCGGAUCCUGCUUCCCAGCGGGGCAGACUUCAGCGUUCGCAUUGGCGGCCUUCACUUUCCGUGAUCAUGGAGGAUUCUGUGGAUCAGCAUCGCCACACCAGCGUUGAUAAAAAUAACAAGUCUCAGAAGAAAUUGUUGGCUAAACCCAGAUCAUCGCUCAACACUAGCUGUUCCUUUCACACCGACACCCGCACGAGGAAUUGUAUUAUGCCGCCGGUGAUGGUGAUCUCUCCUUUCUCGGCUACACCGUACAUGUUUUGAGCUUCGCCUCUCAGUCCUGUAUAUAUUCGUGGUCAUUAAAUUAGCUUCAUCCGCUGUACAAGAUCGUUCCUCAUCUUGAGAGCGCAAAAGAAAGCCUCUCUAUUGCGGAUCUUUCUUUGUUAUUUUUUCCCAGUAACAGUUGGAUUACUUUUCCACUUUCUU